AUGCUAAGCCCGGCGACCCCAACCCGCUCCGCCGCCGUGGGUUCACUCCCGCCGCUGGCUUCCCGGCGGUGGCGGUCACCGGCGCCGCCCUUCCUCCCUCGGGCCAUGUGCCCGCCGCAGCCUCCCCCGGCCUGGUCAACAGCGGCAUCAAAGCCAACAAAGUCGACGACGGCGGAGAGGCUGAGACUGGGGAGGCUGGCGGCGGACGGGCUCUCCUACUCGGAGAACUUCAUUGUCCGGUGUUACGAGGUGGGCACCAACAAGACAGCCACCAUCGACGCCAUCGCCAACCUCCUCCAGGUCAACUCUGACUCUCUCUCCUCCCCCUCGGAAGUUCCUCUCUCCUCUGCAAUAACAGAGCCUCUAAAAAAUGGUAACUAGUCCAGGAAGUGGCGUGCAACCACGCUCAGAGCGUAGGGUUGACUAGGGACGGCUUCUCGACGACCACCACCAUGAGAAAGCUGGGCCUCAUCUGGGUGACUUCUCGCAUGCACAUCGAAGUCAACAGAUACCCAGCUUGGUGAGGCCUCUCGGCCGCCGUUUUCUCUGGUUCUCCUGGGAAGCUGGAGCUCACCCUGGUUCCUGUUCAGGGGCGACGUUCUGGAGAUCGAAACGUGGGGUCAGCAGGAAGAUAGGAUCGGUACCAGGCGCGAUUGGAUCGUCAAGGAUUGCUCCUCUGGCGCAAUCAUCGGGAGGGCCACGAGGUGAAAUAUCUGCCCAUCUCAGCUGUCUGUUGUUCUUCCUCCGUUGACUCGUGUGUGUAAAAAGAAAAAGUCUGAUUUGAUCUGCUGCCGGCAGCAAAUGGGUGAUGAUGAACCAGGAGACCAGAAAGCUUCAGCGGGUCAGCGACGAAGUCCGGGAAGAGUUUCUGACUUUCUGCCCUCGAGCCCUUCGGUAGGGGAGAUCCUGUCCCACGACGUUGACGUCGAAGUUUAUGCGUCUCUCUUCUUACUUUUUUGGAGGGGAUUCCUUGAGAGACUUCAAAUGUAAAAAGGUCAACGGGGCCUCUGCAAAUCCUAGAUCGUUUUGAUCUAGCAAUGCAUUGAUGACAAUUAAAAAAAAGCAACUUCAACGAUCAGCUGACAAUAAAAAAAAGAAAAAAAGCUGACAUGUGGAAUUGAGACAUUCAUGAAUAAUUCGAAUGAUUUCAGAUUAUUAUGCAUGCACAUUAUUUUUUCCCCAUAUGUGAAGAUAAUGAUAUUAUUAUAUCAUGGGUCUUGCACUAGAAGCCAAUGUGACCACUGAGUCAGAGACAUACUCAAUAAAUGUCUUUUAUGUUCAUAUGUUGUCCAUUUUCUUCUGUCCAGGCUUGCGUUUCCAGAAGAGGACAGUGCCAGCUUGAAGAAAAUUCCCAAAUUAGAAGAUCCCGGGCAAUAUUCUCGACAUGGGCUCGUGGUAAGUUCUCUAGUAAAUCCAGAUGGAAUCCUAUAAAUUGCUUAGCAUCCUGCUGAAACCACUCACUGUUCUUGGAAAAAUUGCCAGCCCAGGAGGACCGACCUAGACAUGAACCAGCACGUAAACCAUGUCACAUACAUCGGAUGGGUUCUCGAAGUAAGUUCAGCUAAUGCCUUUGUGUGGAUGUCAACCUCUUUCGCCGGAUAUAUGCACAUUCUUCCACUGUCAUGGAUGAAGUUAGGCUUUCAUGCUGCUGCUCCCCACCGUAUAUUUCUCCUCUAUUAUCCUAAAAAAUAUUUUUCUCAUGUAACAGAGCUUGCCACAAAGGAUCAUAGACACCCAUGAGCUGCAAGCCAUUACUCUCGAUUACAGGCGGGAAUGCCAGCACAGUGAUGUGGUUGACUCACUCACUAGUCUUGAAUCGGAGGGGAUGGAAAUCAAGGGCAUAAAUGGGUCUUCUAAUGGAAAUCCGUCGCAGGAAGACUACUGUCAGUUUCUUCAUUUCUUGAAGUUGUCCGGCAGUGGACUGGAAAUAAGCAGGAGUCGCACAAGGUGGAGGCUGGUCAAAUAA